AUGACGACAUCCGCAAGCACCUCCCCCGCACAGGUUCAACCUGGCCGAGGGAUCGGCCUUUUCACUCUUGGUGCUUCGCUCCAUAACAUUCUGACACGGCUCAAAGGCCUGCCACACGCAUACCCGACUAUUGACCUAGUCUACUCGUCUUCUGACCCUAUUCAUAACCCUAUCCUUAUAAAACUCCCGGAGAAUGGCUUGCGCCUACGCUUUGAUGGACAAGACCAACGAUUACGGCUGGUUGAGGUGUUGGACUUCACAAAAAUACCACUCGCUUAUAAAGGCAGCGAGGUCAUGAAAGGGGGCAAGGCGGACGGAGCGGAACAAACCGGACCCAAAUUUCGACAUAUCUACAACCGAUUGUUUGGGCUGUCGUAUCCCGGGGAGUACAUCCCUCCUCGAGGGAACGAGAAAUACGGGACCUAUAUCUUGUCAUAUCCUGGAGUAGCCUUUUCGUUUCCGUUGCUACAUUCAUCUUGGUCGCCGGGCCGUGAUUUUGUCUCCUUGAUGUCCUCUUCGGCUGCGUCUCCGGCAAAGUCCAUGGCUGUAUUCGUUGGAGAAUCAUGGGCCGAUUCGCGGUCGGACCUUAUGACCCGGCAGCCCAUUUACCCUCGAUUGACAGCACUGGUAGGGAAGAGUAAGGAAUUUAUUGCCGAUGAGAUUGAGCUGGUUAAGGUUCACGGAGCAGGAAUGGUCGAGUUCAUUCGGAAAACAGGCACGCCGGUCUGGAUUACUUUGUCUGAAACCACUCCCCAGGAUUUAAUCGCAGAGUUUGGGCCGCCCGAUGCAAUUUACCGGAGAAGUGACCGUCGGAUUACAAUUCACGGUGGACGUGGUCCUGUUACAAACAACUCCGCCGCUUUUGGUACCAGCCCCUCGCCCAGCCAACUCCCCUACGACCCAACGGACUAUGAUCACACUCCUGACACAAGUGCCAUAGAGGAUUCUGAUGGAGACUCUUCGUCCUCGUCACCGGAGCAAGGCUCUUCAUCCGCAACUGGAGAAUGCUUUUAUAACUAUUUUAACCACGGAUUCGACGUUUUCAUUUCUCAGCCAACCGCUCCUGGACCACCUUUUCCAGGCUCAUCCGCCGCGGCAUCUCUAGGUGCAACAUCGAAUCCAUCGCAACUCACAGUCACCAAAUUGCUAUUACACGGGAAUAUACCGGGCUCUUACCCAUUUAACCGGCAUAGACGAAGCCGAUGGGUACUGGAUUUAAAUGGAGACUAUUCUCUCAACUCGGAGACACCAUACGAUAGAAUCUCAGAAAGCAUGAAGGCCCUCUGGAAAAGGUUUUAUUCGAACGCAUCAGAAGCGGCAGCGUUCCAAAGAGGCAUGGUUCUUAAUCGGGGCUGGGGAGAUAGCCCUGGUAGCAGUGUUGAGUUUCUUGGGGGUUGGGAAGAAAGCACCGGGAGCAAACAUGGUGGUCACCCUGCCAUGGCAGAUGCUAAUGCGCUUGGUAACACGGAGCUAUACGGUUUUCCAGGAUUGCUGUUUGAAGUCUUGAAGAAUGGAGCUGUCAGCUGCUUGACAAUCUACUAG